GCCGGGUUGGCACUCUUGUCAGCUCACUUUGUUUUAAGUGUUCCUCACGCAUUAGGCAGCUUUCUAACCAACUUCACGGGACAUCUUCGCACCUUUGCCGUAGUGCAAUACUUUGCUCCUAACAAAGGUGCUCUGAUAAGAUAGACUCCUCUGAAAGCGGCAAUGGUCGGUGUGCCGACGAGCAAAGGAUGCACUUUAUGUCUGGCGCGAAGCGUCAAGUGUGAUGAAGCACGCCCAAGCUGUUCGCAAUGUCGGAGAGGGCGGCGCGCUUGCCCUGGCUACUCACGGGAGAUGAAAUUUGUAGACGAAGGGCCAAAAUUACGGCGCCGAGUCCGAAAAACCGCUCCCCGUGCCCCGGGCGGGACUUCUGCUCGAUAUUCUGGUGAUACAUCAGCCGCUCCAAUCCAUAUCACAGCCGUGGCCCAAACCGGCGGGCCCAGUCUUGAGCAUCGCUCUGGCGCAGCAGUAGACACUCGAGCGCAGCGUGGUUUUCAGCUGGCGUGGCUCAACGUGUCCAGAGAAUAUUGUUAUCAAACAAUUUCGGCUUUUAUCUCUGAUAUUUUUCCCCUUGGAACCCCUUCGGCUCAGAGCUCAUUCCUGGGAACUUGGCUUUGGCAUGUGCCACUAUACCUUGGUCGCCACCCUUUUCUGGAUGCUGCGACACUGUCGCUUGCUUUGGCGUAUUUUGCUCGGCUGUCCCGAGAUCAGAUGGUCCUUCGCCGUGCAGAGCUGUCAUACGGUGCUGCUUUGAAGAGCCUGGCAACGCUUGUCACAGACCCGAGAAAGGGGCUCGGCGCAGAGGUGCUCUGCGCUGUCCUACUUCUCGGUCAUUUUGAGACGUUUGUUGACCGAGGACACGCUUGGAUUCGUCAUGCUGGCGGGGCUGCGCACCUUAUGCGGCUACGGGGAGCUCGCAAAUGUUACGAUUCGGCCUUUGAGUACUCCAUGUUUCUUUCGUGUCGCGGAGCCAUAAUUGCCGAAGCGCUCACUUCCAGGGAGCCAUGCUUUCUGGACGCUGGUGAAUGGCAAUCCGUCCCCGACGGGUUGAUCGAGUUCCCAUUAUUGCCUUCAUAUCCAGAUCUUUACCACGAGAUAUUUGGCUACUUUGCUGCUAUCCCUGGCUUGCUGAAGGAGGCGAAAUCGAUAGGUAGUGAUACUGCCGACAGCACGCGCCAUUCCGUGCUUUCCCGAGCUACAAUGCUGCGCGACAAGAUUAGACAAUGGCACUAUCGGUAUAUCUCCGACACCAGAGGGCCCACGGUCCAAGUUUUGGUCAAUCCACCUCCUGUUUUGGACGCCUAUCCAUUUCAUUCUGUCUACGUUUACAGAGAUGUCGCAUCCGCAACCAUGAUAACAGCUAGUCACGCCUACAUGAUCGCGCUUAACAAGGACUGCAUCGACAGCAUACAGUCGCAUAGCGAUUGCGCAGAAGCAAAUAUGGAGAUGGCGCUGGCAAUAUGUAUGUCUGUGGAUUAUUGUUCCCGCUCUGGCUACUGCGGAGCGUCGACGAUGAAGUUUGCCUUGCCCAUCAUCCAACCGGUGUUACCUCUUAAGCACCAUGGAUGGAUCGAGGCUUGGUUAUCAAAAUUUUCGGGCGUUGUGGAGGCCGCAAGGGUUAGGUAGUUUUAGCUAGUAGGUGGUAGGAAACAACGCAAACUUGGAUGCAUGCGAUCUGCUUGCUUUAGAAAUCUUGACUUUGGUGUAGUUAUUGCAAAGAGAAAUACAAACACUCC